AUGGAAGAGAGGAGACGAAUGGGCUACAAUGUCCACAGGAAGAUCCUGGAUGAAGGAGCUGUGGAUGAAAUGGCAGAAAAGUCUGAUUCACAAACAUCUCUGUGUGAGAAGGUCAAAAAGUCAAUGAGAUGCUCUGGUCCACGGCUGAAGAGCUGCCUGCUGCGUAGUAUUCCUGUUAUAUCGUGGCUGCCUCGUUACCCCUUCAGAGACAACGCCCUGGGGGACCUGAUCUCUGGAAUCAGUGUGGGGAUCAUGCAGCUGCCACAGGGUAUGGCCUAUGCCUUGCUGGCGUCUGUUCCUCCAGUCUUUGGCCUUUACUCCUCCUUCUACCCCGUCCUCGUCUACUUCAUCUUCGGCACAUCCAAGCACAUCUCACUCGGAACAUAUGCAGUGAUGAGUGUCAUGAUCGGAGGAGUGACAGAUCGAUUAGCCCCAGACUCAAACUUUAUGAUUUGGGACAAUGAGACCAAUUCCAGUAUAAUUGACACCAUAUCCCGGGAUGCGGAGAGAGUUCGAGUGGCUGCGGCCGUCACCUUCAUAUCUGGAUUAUUUCAGAUUCUGCUAGGUCUGGUCCAGUUUGGUUUCGUGGUGACCUACCUGUCUGAGCCUCUGGUGCGAGGUUACACAACAGGAGCCGCCAUCCACGUCAUCGUGUCCCAACUCAAAUACACCUUUGGCAUCAAUCCUGUGAGACACAACGGACCUUUGUCAUUGAUAUAUACGGUGCUAGAGCUGUGUUAUCUCAUUCCAGAGACAAACAUUGGUACUCUUGUGGUCAGUAUCGUCGCUAUAAUCGGCCUCAUCCUCGCCAAGGAGCUCAAUACAUACUUAAGUAAAAAACUACCUGUCCCUAUUCCUGUGGAGCUGCUUGCUAUCAUUAUUGCUACAGUAGUCUCCUGGCAAGUUAACUUGGAGGAGAAAUAUGGAGUGGAUGUGGUGGGAGUCAUUCCCUCAGGUCUCCAGCCACCUGUUCUCCCAGCUGCCUCUCUGUUUGGUCAGGUGAUAGGGGACGCCUUCGCUCUGUCUGUGGUUGGCUAUGGCAUUGCCAUCUCACUGGGGCGAAUCUUCGCCCUGAAAUAUGGAUACAAGGUGGACAGCAACCAGGAACUAAUCGCACUGGGUCUGAGUAACUCCAUAGGAGGAAUUUUCCAGUGUUUCGCCAUCAGCUGCUCCAUGUCUCGUACCAUGGUUCAGGAGAGCACGGGAGGGAAGACUCAGGUUGCUGGAGCUCUAUCAGCAAUAGUUAUUCUUGUCAUCGUGCUUUGGAUUGGGAGACUCUUUGAAGAUCUGCCCAAGGCGGUGCUGGCUGCCAUCAUCUUUGUCAACCUCCAUGGCAUGAUGAAGCAAUUCAUGGACAUCCCUGCACUGUGGAGAAGCAAUAAAGUAGACAUGGUAAUCUGGGUGGGCACCUUCAUCCUGACCUUGCUGUUCAACCCUGAUUUGGGACUAGCCGCUGCCAUCGGUUUCUCCAUGCUCACCGUCAUCUUCAGGACACAGCUACCUAAAUACUCGCUGCUGGGGCAGGUCCCAGACACUGACAUUUACAGGCCACUGGAGGACUACAAUCAGGUGAGGCCGGUGCCAGGGAUUUUGAUCUUCCGUUCCUCUGCCACCCUCUACUUUGCUAAUGCUGAGAUGUAUCAAGAUGCUUUGGGGAAGAAGUCUGGCAUUGACAUUACCAAGAUCCUGUCAGCAAAGAAGAAACUAGAAGCCAAAAGGAAGAGACAUGAGAAGAAAAAUGCCAAGAAAGCUAAGAAGGCUGCCAAGAGGAACGCAGUCAAUAUGGAGGGGGAGCCAGAAAGGGUGGAGCAGAAGGACAUUGCCACCAUUGAGAUUGAUGGUGAACGCAACCCCUCACUCCCAAGAGCCAUCAUCCUUGACCUCAGCCCUGUCAACUUCCUGGAUACUGUGGGAGUCAAGACGCUACGAAAUAUCCAGAGAGACUACGGAGAAAUUGGCAUAGAGGUGGUUCUCACUGGCUGCCAGACUGGUGUGGUGGAAAACCUGCAGACUGGAGGUUUCUUCAAUGACAAAGUGACAAAGUCCUGUCUCUUCUCUACCAUCCACGAUGCCGUUUUGCAUUGUCAGUCUGCCAGCACACAGAGCCAAGAUAAGGAGAGAUCUAACAAAGAACAAAGACGUGGCAGUGGUCCAUGA